AUAGACGAGAGUGGUAUAUACUGAUUUGACGAACCGCUACGUCCGCUACACGUUUACUUAUCCGACGUACAAAAAGGAUAUUGGAGGUUAAUUCUCGCGCGUGAGAGCUCCGGCUCUGAUCACUUGGGGGUCUAUCCAGACAAACGUGCGCGUGUGCAUAAAGAGAUUGAUUCGUCCACUUCCUCAUGCGUGCGCUUAUGACCCAGUCAGAUUCCUUGCGCGUGUAUCUUUUAUGCUCGCUACAAGUUCGCCUGGUUGGACCCUUGAUUCGCAGAAUUUACGCGUUACGCCGCGAUACUUUUUAUAUCGGCGCGGUUCGCUCGCGCGCCUGGUUAAUCUCUCCACGUACAGAACGUAAUUGAACGAUGUCCGUUUCAGGGACAGACCUACCGGGAAAAGGAGGGAGAUUAAAGUGUCUUGUGCAAUAAUAGCGCGAUACAGCGUUUGAUUGCGUGAUACGACACUCGGAGGGAACUCGGCGCAGAUAUCCUGUCUAUAGGCUAACCUAGUUUAGGGUAGCAUGAUGCUGGGAUCCGUGCCCGUGGCACCGUCCACCUCGGCGAGCAGUUCUGGUCUACCGAGUCCAACCAUGGACGCGUUCGAUGACACUUCGAACAAACUGACGACGUACCUGCAUCAGCUAGCCGGGAGUCGCGAGAUGGACACCGACAUGAUAUUCAAGGACCAUUGUUACGCUCGACCUUGGAACUGGAGGCCGGAGAAUGUUUACGUGAAACCUAUAAAGAGGCUGUUCUUCUCGAAAAACACCCCCAGCGACAAGCAUAGAAAGGACGAGGAGGUCGACGUGGAAAGCGUUGGCGGCGAGCCGUCGCCACUGCCGCUCGAUUUGACUAGAUUUCGGCAUAUGAUGGACGAGUUUGAACGUCUAGCGAACUUUGCGCGACCCGAGGAGGAGGAGGAGGCGGAGGAGGAGGACGAUUGGGAGGAGAAGAUAGAGAAGACCUUGUGGUCCGCGAUUCAGAAUCGGAUCUUUACCAAGGUGACGCGGAUACUGAGCUCGGAGAGGCUCGCGAGAUUGGCCAAGGCUAAGAGCGCGACGGAGCCGAUCUUUCGGCGCACGUCCGUGGAUAUUGCGGCGAGGAGAUUCCGUGAGACCCUAGCGUCGACCGGAUGGGACUGGCGGCUGGUUCACUGGCUGCACAAUUUGCUGUUCGAGCGACUGCCCCAGGAAUACCUGGCCAUCUAUCUCGAUAUCCUGCAGACCUUGAGGCUGAAGAUCCCCCAGCUGAUCGAUAAGAUGAUCGCUGUGCAGCCGAACAUCAGCGCCAAGGGCGGCUCCAUAACGUGGGAGACGCUCGGGUCGCUCUUGAAACGGUCCUGGGAUCCGGUCGCGCAGAAUUUGAGCGGCAACAGACCCAAGAAAUUGCCGGGAAAUCCGAUCUUGAUAGUUGUACCUUCCGGUAUCGCGUCGAGCGUUUCCUCCCGCCAGCACAAGUGGAUCACGCAGCUGGGACUGUUGGGCAUGGUCGCUACCGUUCAUACGCAUAUGAGCUUGGCAGCCAACAGAAUGACCAUGAUGGUGUGCAUGGACCAGCUGGUUCAGGCCACAAGAGCCAAGAUACAGGAUGUCAGAAGUGACUGUCCUGGUAGGCCGAUCAUACUCGUGGGUUUCAACGCUGGCGCGGCGCUCGCGUGCCAGGUGGCCCAGAUGGAACACAUAACUGCUGUUAUCUGCAUUGGAUUUCCUUUCGCAACCGUCGAGGGGAAACGGGGCACGCCCGAUGACAUGCUGAUGGACAUUCGCUGCCCGGUUAUGUUUGUCAUUGGGCAAAACGCCACCCUCGUACGACCGGACGAUUUGGAGGAGCUCCGCGAGAAGAUGCUGGUCGAGACGAGCCUGGUGGUCGUGGGCACGGCCGACGACCAUCUCCGGAUAUCCACGUGUAAAAAGGUGCUCGAGGGCAUCACGCAGAGCAUGGUGGACAGAUGCGUGCUGGACGAGAUCGGGGAUUUCAUCGGCAGCAUCCUGUUGCAACCGCACCCGCUGCCACUGCGGCCGACAACGACUAACUGCGACAGCAAGAUCAAAAAGGACUCGCACAAACGAAGAAACUCGACCAGCAGCUCCGUGGAGAGCGAGCCCAACUCGCCGACCGUGAAGAAAUCCCGGCCGACCACGCCGGUGUCCUCCGCGCUAUCGCUCGGCACAAACGUGGCGUCGAGCUCGGCCCCCAAAAUCGGUGCCCAGUUCAAUGCCCAGUCCAAUGUGACGCAAGUAAGCGGGCAGCAUACAAAUCACACUCCCGCCACGAAACGGAAGCGGCCCGCGAGCAAUCAGAGAAAUCAGUUCUCCGAUCCGAAGACGCCUAGGCUUCCUGCGCAGUCAAAUGUUAAUUCGGAAAAUGGCAUAACGCUCAAUAUUGGCACGCUAGCGAGUUUGGCGCCGAUAGGACCGAUACGUUUAGCGCCUAACGCAGCGGGUCAAUCCACGACCACCCCCUCGAAAACCUCUAGUACGUCCAAAUCCCCGGCUACCGCUAAACUACCGAAGAUCAUUUCGAAUGUGGCACUGCCGAAUGCUUCAAAGCUGAAAACAUUGGUGUCUUCUAAUAAGUCUUAUUCGAGUGUGGUCUCGAAUAAUUACAGACAGGCCAGUACGCCUGACAAAAAUGGUGACACGAAAUUGGUAAACGUUUUCGCCACGGGAAAUCAGAUCAGAGUUAACACAACUCCCACAGCAGGGAGUAGUAAGCCUACGGCGACAAGUGGCACUUUGUCGAAUCUUCUGCAAAGCGGAAAGAGUUCGAUUGCGCUCACGAGCGGUGCAUCCUCCACCCGUGCAUCGUCGGCUUCUAGUAUCCUGCUAACGACCGCCAAUUCAUCAGCGAAUACCGUAACGGCGUGCGCAUCGACCCCUUCAAAAGCGAUGGAAGAGAUGGGAAUGAGCAGUGAUUCUCACUUAUUGGACAUAUCCAAAUCGGCGCACUUACCACGACAAGGAGCCGUACCCAAUAGUACCGAUAGCUCUCAUAAUACGUCGUGCGGUAACAUAGUCAUUGUCGAGAAUUCCCUCCACAACAGAAGCGCGCCUUCGUCGGUGAUAGUCCCGUUUAGCAAUCAAAGCCCCGGCUUUCUGCCGCUGUCCAACAAGCUGAAAAUCUCACAAAAGUCGAUGAAGACAAUGCCGAAGAUCACGGUCAACGCCAACAACUUGCAGAGACUUCAAAAGGGGAAGUCCCAGAGCGCCCAGAAGAGGAGCAUCGCAAACGAUAUAGACGACGAUCUGGGUAAUAUACUGGACAUACCGAUAAUAUUCGCCAAGGACGACGACAAUUUGAGCAACAUAAACAAGAUGCCGGCGUUGACGCAAACGACGCUGGCUAAGGAACCUCAGGAGAGGCCAAAAAUUAACAAUACCACCAAGGUGGUUUUGAUCAGCAACAAGCAGGACAAGCUGCAGCAGGUGCCGAGUAAACUCGGAGCGGCCUCCGCGCAGGCCGUUAUUUGUCCCAAUAUGUCUGUGCAAAACUUGAAUCAAUUGAUACUGCAGACGCGGUCGCAGAAUAGCGGCGUCUCGACGAAGAGCAGGGUCGGGGUGCCGCUGGAAAAUCGACUGGUACAACCUGCCGUCAAGUACACCAAGAUCAUACUGGCGAAAAGGAACUCUCAGCCCAUUCAGCAGAACGAGAGGGCCGAGCAGGUGGUUGCGACCAAGAAAGUUCCGGACGAUGUAAACGCACCCAAGAUCCUGACCUUCGAGAAAAGCGAGCACAGAUUCGUGCAGGCGCAGUCCUCCGCGGCGUCGGCAAAUUACGAUAAUCGUCACGCGGACAACAUACUCGAGAUCGAGGACGCUAUUAAGACGAAUAUUAUCGAACGCAAACACGUACCCGUGCCUGCAAUCGACGAGACGUCAUCCGCAACUCUCGACGACGACUGCGAUAUCUUCCACGAGGCUAAGCUGGACGAGAUGGCACACGAUUUGGAGCAGUCUGUUUUCGAUAAUGUUGGUGAAAUACAAACAUGAAAUACAUAAUUGCUUCAUGAUAUCAUUGAUUGUGCGAUAUGUAAGAGAAUUUCUGCAAAGUGUGAUUAUUUCAAAGUGAUUAGCUAAAGAUAUAUAUAUAUAUUUGUAUAUAUAUACUUACAUAU